UUGAAACGGAACCCCACUUUCUUUUUGUCUUCCUUUGUCCUUCAAUACAAAAAAUUUUAGUUUCUUGAAGACGCCUAUAUAAUAUCAUAUAUCAUUAUUAGUUUAUUUUAUUGGUUCAUCACAUUCAAACUCAACAAUCUACCAUGUCUUCCAUUAAAAUCACCCCUUUUAUCUUUCUAUUAUCGUUCACUUUCCUCCAAACUACUUUUGCAGUAAAUCCACUCUACCAUUUCUGCUUAUCCACUUCUGGAAACUUCACUCUCAAUACCCCUUAUGAUACUAACCUAAACACACUCUUAACCCUUCUUCAACGCAAAACUUCUCCUUCAGGAUUUUCUCUCGCAUCAACUGGCCAAAACCCAUCUCAAGUCUAUGGACUUGCCCUUUGCCGAGGCGACGUAAACUCUACAGAUUGUACUACCUGUGUCUAUGAUGCUCGUACCGAAAUCCGCAAGCGUUGUCCUUACAACAAAGGUGGCAUUAUAUGGUAUGACAAUUGUUUCUUAAAGUAUAUAGACCAAAAUUUCUUUGGCCAAAUUGAUAACAAAAAUGAAUUUCAAUUAUCGAACGUCGCGAAUAUUAGCAAUGCUCCAUCUUUGUUUAACCAGAAGGUGAAAGGAUUAUUGAGCCAGUUAGCUAAUGAAAGUGCUAGUGCUAGGAAACUUUACGCUGCGGGCGAAAUGAAGCUUGAUACGUUCACUAACUUGUAUGGGUUAGCUCAGUGUACUCGGGAUCUUUCGAGUAAAAAUUGUAAGAUUUGCCUUGAUGAAGCCAUAAAUAAGUUGCCAACUUGUUGUGAUGGAUCUCAAGGUGGGAGGACGGUUGGUGGUAGUUGUAAUGUGAGGUAUGAGAUUUACCCUUUUAUCAACUCAUAGAGAUGUAUGUCGGUAUGUUUGUGGUCUGGUUGACCAAGUUAUAAACUUAUAGAGAUAUUUUCUAUAAACUUAUGGUUUUGAUCUUUUUAUGAAUAAUUUAGUAUAAUCCAAAGUAUGUGUCCUUAUAUCUUAAUGUGGGAAAAUAUAUUCUUUGUGUAAUUUGUAGCAUUUAAUGUACAUUGGGAUGGAUAUAAUAUGGAUUUUAAAUUUAUUGUUUC